AUGUUAGUCGCGUCGAGGUUGCGUAAUGGCCUGGGUCUCCUGGUGCCCUUGACGCUGGCUUGUUCGAUUUACCUAUACCUUUACCCCUUCUUCGGACAAUGCGCGUUCCCGCUGCCGUCGCGAAAUGCCACCGAAGCGUUUGAGGACACAAAGAAGCUCCAUUGGCCCUUUGCUGACGAGCAUUCAUUGGCCAACAUCCCCACGAAGCAGGCUCCCUUUCGGUUACUAGCCCUCGGCGACCCGCAGCUCGAAGGCGACACCUCGAUUCCCCUCGCAUACGCGGGAUUCAUGCCUCAUGUUCCUCUGCUCUUCAAGCAGCUGACCUUUCAAACGUGGCACCAGUCUCUCAAAGAGCGCAUUCGAUGGUCCAUGCACGAUCUCGUCGACGUUUUCUUCGACGACAUUCCCAACAUUUUCGAAUCCGCGCGCAAGCUUUUCGACCUUUUCGGCAACGACUUUUACCUCGCCCACAUUUACAGGACUUUGCAUUGGUGGACGCAGCCAACACAUGUCAGCGUUCUCGGUGACCUGCUUGGCAGUCAAUGGAUUGAGGAUGACGAGUUCGAAAGACGAGGCAACCGUUUCUGGAACAGGACAUUCAAGGGCGGAGAGCGCGUUCCGGACGAUGUGGCCGUGUUCCCGGCCCAAGAAUAUAACCUCACCGGGUUCCUCAAUGGAUCGCCAGAGGAAGACAUUUGGAAGAAGCGCAUCAUCAACGUCGCUGGCAAUCACGACAUUGGUUAUGCUGGAGACUUGACCGAGGAGCGCCUCGAAAGAUUCGAGCGCAUCUUUGGAAAAGCUAAUUACGAACUGCGAUUCGAGCUUCCCGUUACCAAUCCCGAGUAUAAUGCGACCAUCAUCAACGAACAAACGAACCCAGACUCGAAGCGAUUAGCACCCGAACUCCGUAUUGUCGUCCUAAACGAUAUGAACCUGGACACGCCCGCGAAAUCUGUCCCGCUGCAGGACGAGACCUACAAGUUUAUCAAUAACGUCAUUGGAACGUCAUCUGCUGUAGAGUUCGAAGGACAUUUUACCCUCAUUCUCACACACAUUCCCAUGUACAAGCCUGCUGGCAUCUGUGUUGAUGCUCCAUUCUUUGACUUCCACAGCCAAGCUGAUGGCGGCGGUCUGAAAGAGCAAUACUUACUGAGCGCUGAUGCCAGUAAGGGCUUGCUAGAAGGCAUAUUCGGCGUUAGCGGAGACACGAAUGCGGCUGCCAACGGUCUGGGACGCAAAGGUAUGGUCAUGAACGGGCAUGACCACGAAGGCUGUGACACGUAUCAUUUUAUGAACCAGACAAACGGGACAAACUCUUUUGAAAGAUCUUGGGAAACAGUUUUGUGGAAGGAUGCCGAAAUGAUGAACUACCCUUCUCGUCCCGGCCUGCCAGGACGCCGAGAAAUCACUGUGCGUAGCAUGAUGGGCGACUUUGGCGGCAAUGCCGGUCUCUUGAGCAUGUGGUUUAACUUUGACACCUGGGAGUGGGAGCAUGAAUAUCUUGAUUGCCCGCUUGGUUCGCAACACUUUUGGUGGCUCACUCACUUCCUAAUCAUUGGAACUGUUGCAUGCACUAUUUCCUACUUCGCGGCCACAACUUUGGGCGCAGCUGGUGUAGAUGUUGAUGGCUACUACGCAAUUGCCGAGAAUUGGGCGCGGAAACAGCUUAUCGCUUUGUGGCUGGAGGCGAAGGCCAAAAUGCAGCGCAAACCGACAAACGAUGACAAGACACGAGAGAAGAGCAUGCCCAAAUCGGGCCAAUGA